AUGCCAUCUCUUCAAAUGCGAUUAACAUUCGCGUUGAUAUCCUUCGCUGAGUCAGUCGUAUGCCUGGCGCCGUCUGGGCCAUGGGAUGCUUUCAACUACGCACCAAACUCGAGGGUUGUUUACCCAGCCAGCAUUCACUCAACCGUCGGCGCAGUGACUGGUGCGGAUGCACUACUGGACAAUACGGGUAGCGCAACUCUGAGUGGGAAUGGGUCAUGGUUGACACUGGACUUCGGGAAAGAGGUUGGCGGACUCAUCUCCCUCAACUUUGACGCGGUCUCUUCCACCUCCUCUCUGGCGCUGUCAUUCACGGAAUCGCCGAUGUUUAUUCGUUCUUUCGCCUCAGACGACUCCUCUUUCCCUGACGCCUCCACCACUUAUGAUGCAGUUUUCCCGAUCCCUGCCCCGCUUUCGACCGGACUUUGGACACAACCGGAAUUUUCGCUGCGCGGUGGAUUUCGAUACUUGAGCAUCGUGCUCACGGGAGCCCAACUCGCCAUCUCCAACGUCUCUUGUGCCAUAUCUUUCAUGCCACAUGUCGACAACCUUCGAGCAUAUGCGGGUUAUUUCUACGCGAAAGACCCGUUCUAUCAUGACCCAGACUUUUUGACAAAAGUUUGGAUGGCUGGCGCCUACACAGUACAGACAAAUACUGUGCCGUUAGACACUGGGAGGAUGGUUCCCUUCGAGUCUGCUGGACACUGGGCCAAUAAUGCAACUCUGGGUGUUGCAGGACCUAUCAUCGUAGAUGGCGCAAAGCGAGAUCGCGCAGUUUGGCCAGGAGACAUGGGUAUUGCCGUCCCAACACAAUUCGUCUCGACAAACGAUCUCAUUCCGACUCGGAAUGCGAUUUCGACCAUGUUUGCCCAUAUCAACCCUAAGACAGGCGCUCUGCCCGAAUCGGGCCCGCCGCUUAGCCAGCUGAACAGCGACACGUACCAUUGCUGGACGCUUAUUGGAACCCAUAACUACUACCUUUACUCUGGCGAUCGUGUAUGGCUGCAGACUAUCUGGACCAACUAUACGAAAGCGGUCGCAUUCCUCGAGGCCAAAGUAAAUUCAACGAACGGGCUUAUGAAUGUCACGGGUUUGCGCGAUUGGGCCCGGCAAGGCGGAGGUGGUUUCAAUGCCGAAGGAAAUGCGAUCCUCUACCGCGUGCUGCUCACCAGUGCGGAGCUUGGAGAAGCCAUGGCGCUGCCAGACCUGCGCGAUGCGUGGCUUGCAAACGCUACCGCCCUGAAGACGGCAUAUAACCGUGCCUUUUGGGUCCCUUCGCUGGGGAUGUAUCGCGACAAUAUGACGACAACGUUGACACCCCAGGACGCAAAUUCAUUGGCGAUACUUUUCAAUUUGACGCAGACCAAAGAACAAGCAGCGUUGAUCAGCACCGGAUUAGAGAAGAACUGGAACGAGUUGGGUCCCGUCGCGCCGAAAUUGCCCGAUACAAUUUCGCCAUUCAUAUCCAGUUUUGAGUUACAAGCACAUUUUGUAGCCGGAAAUGCAACAAGGGCAAUGGAUUUGUUGCAUAGAGAAUGGGGCUACAUGCUCUCUACCAAUCUUUCUGUUCAAAGUACCUUAUUGGAAGGCUUCACCGCUAAUGGCUCCCUUGGUUAUCGUGCCAAUGUUGGGUACAAUCAUGAUGCUGCAUACACCUCCCAUGCGCAUGGCUGGUCAACCGGUCCAACGUCCGCCUUGACCAUUUAUGUCCUUGGUCUCAGCGUCACAGGUGUCCAAGGCUCAACAUGGCAAAUUGCACCACAAACAGCAGGAUUGCCGGGUGCUGAGGGAGGCUUUGAAACAAGUUUGGGCAGGUUCGACGCUGCUUGGACGACAACCGAAACCACUUUUGCGCUCACGGUCAAUACGCCCACCGCAACUGAGGGGCUAUUUCUGCUUCCAGUUGAGUUUGAAGGGUCAUCGGUCAAGGUGGACGGGAAGAAGGUUGCGCUGGACGGGAGGAGUUUGGUGUUGAGCGGAGGUGAACAUGGCAUAGUCGCCACUGUCCGUCGAUAG